UUUUGGCUGCCAUUUUAAUUCUCGUUGCGGCGCGGCGUGGGCACGAGCGGCACGAGCGAGCGAGCGUAGGAAUAUGCUAAGAGGUUUCCAAGAUGGCGAAGAAAACGCAGGCCGAGAAAACAGCGCAGAACGACGAGACCGCCAAGAAUAACGACGAUCCGAUGAACGACGAUGAGGAGCCCAACUUCAGCGAUCCCGAGGGCUUCGUUGACGAUAUCACCGACGAGGAGCUACUCGGCGAUAUCUUGAAGCAGAAACCUUCGGAAACGGACGGGGUGGAGUCUGUUAUCGUCGUGGAUAAUGUGCCUCGGGUGGAACCCGACAAAUUGGAAAAGCUUCAAUCUGUUAUCAACAAGGUGCUGGGAAAGUUCGGCACUAUUGUCAACCAGUACUACCCGAUGAACGAGACCGAUGGCAAGACUAAGGGAUACAUUUUCCUGGAAUACAACAAUCACCUGAAUGCACUCGCCGCGGUCAAGUCCACCAACAAUUACAAAAUCGACAAGUCCCAUACGUUUAAAGUCAAUCUUUUCACGGAUUUCAAGAAGUUCGAGGAUAUCCCGGAGAACUGGGAGCCGCCGAAGGCUCAGCCCUUCAAGGCCGCUAGUGACUUGCACUAUCACCUGUUGGAGCCGGACGCCUACGACCAGUUCUGCGUUCUUUGCGGCAAUGGAGCGGGCGUGUCGGUGCAGAUUUGGCAAAACUCCGCACCGGAACCCACCAUGCUGGAAGAACGUAACCGCUGGACGGAGACUUAUGUGAAAUGGUCACAGCUAGGUACGUAUUUGGCCACAUUCCACAAGCUGGGAGUCGCGCUGUGGGGUGGUCCUCAGUUCACCCAGCAAGCCAGAUUCAGCCAGCGAGGUGUCGAGUGCAUCGACUUCUCGCCCUGCGAGCGUUACCUAGUCACCUACACUCCGCGCACUGAUCUCGGGCAGGAUCAAAAGCGUCUCGUGAUCUGGGACAUUCUGUCGGGCCAGGAAAAACGAUCGUUCUUCCCGGACGGCUCCUCCGUCUGGCCAAUCUUCCGUUGGUCGCACGACGAUAAAUAUUUAGCACGCAUGGGAGAGGACGUUCUCAGUGUUUAUGAAACUCCAUCGUUCGGUCUGCUGGACAAGAAGAGCAUCAAAAUUCCGGGGAUCAGAGAUUUCAGUUGGUCUCCGACGGAUAACGUUCUUGCUUACUGGGUGCCGGAAGACAAAGACGUCCCUGCGAGAGUAACUUUGCUCGAAAUUCCUAACCGCAAUGAAAUAAGGAAUAAGAAUUUAUUCAAUGUGGCCGACUGUAAGAUCUUUUGGCAAAAAUCCGGUGACUACCUGUGCGUGAAAGUUGAUCGCUUCGCCAAACGCAAGGAAAAGACGGAGCAGAAGUACACAGGUAUGUCAUACAACUUUGAAAUCUUCCACAUGAGGGAGAAACAAAUUCCCGUGGAUAGCGUGGAAAUAAAGGAGCCGAUUCACGCUUUUGCGUGGGAGCCAGUUGGCAGCAAAUUCGCCAUCAUUCACGGAGAAAUACCCACUGUGAAUGUCAGCUUCUACGAAGUGCGAUACGGCCAUCAGCCUGCCCUUCUCAAAAGAUUGGAGAAGAAAGCUUGUAAUCAUCUGUUCUGGUCACCGUCGGGUCAGUUCAUCGUCCUCGCUGGCCUGACGACAAUGGCUGGCGCUCUGGAGUUUAUCGACACGAACGAUUUUACUAUUAUGAACUGCACUGAUCAUUAUCAAACCUCGGACGUGGAAUGGGACCCGACUGGCAGAUAUGUCGUCACGGCAGUAUCCAGCUGGAAGACCAGCGUUGACAACGGUUACUGGAUAUGGACUUUCCAGGGUCGUAUUUUAAAGAGAGUCAAUCUGACCGCGUUCAACCAGCUGUUGUGGCGGCCGCGACCUCCGACUCUGCUCACUGCGGAGCAGAUUAAGGAGAUAAAGAAGAAUUUGAAGAAAUACUCGGCGCAGUUCGAGAGCAAAGAUCGCAUGCGAUUGACGCGUGCUUCAAAGGAAUUAAUUGAGAAACGUUGCUUGCUGAUGAAGGCAUUCGAAGAGUAUCGUACGAGACGUGUCGACGAAUGGAAUAAUCAGAAGAAGCGUCGUCUUGAGUUACGUUGCAAUAUUGAUACUGACGAGCUGGAUUCAGACUCGAAAAAUGUGGAGGAAGAAGUUGUAGAAUUUUUCGUCAAAGAGGAAACCUUCGUGAUCGACGACAAGUAAACUCUCUUCCUCGGACAAUCGUUAAUCGCCGCGCCGGUUGCCAAUCUUGGAAAUCUCUAAGUGUGAAUUAGCGGUCUGUUUCCACCUGUAAAGUGUCGCGAUUGUUUGUCGUUGCAGCGAUUGAAUAUCGCUGCAAUUUAUUUCAACCCGUGAACCAUGAGUGGCAACAGACAAUCAAUCUUGUAUUAUUGUUACUGCUACUGCUAUUAUUACUAUCACUAUCGCUGUCAUUACUACUUCCAAACCAUUUUUACGUACCCGAUGUUGCAUAAGAAACGCCGACAUCGUAGCAACAUUAAAUUUUAUCACGUACCUUACAGGAUAGCUCACGAAAAAUUUAUCACUGAUUUUACACCUUCUACCGGCAACUUGCAGAAUAAAAUGCUAAUUUAUUACUUA